GCAGGUUUAGUUGUGAAGACUCUUUCUCUCUCCUCUCUCGUAUUUUUGUGUCGAUCUUUUUCUCUCUCUUCCCUUUUACUUCGUAGGGGUGUAUUCCCUAGCGCUCUUCUUCUUGGGCACACGCCUGAGAAAUAUCAACAAAAACCGAAGAAGAAGCCAUGGUUCUCUCCACUCUAUUCUCUCACUUCCCUGCAGAUUGAGAACAUCCUCUCUCACCGCUUUUCUAUCCAGCUUUCACAGGGAGAAAGAGGAGACAGACAGGGAUUGGAUAUAUGUCCCUCAAUCAAACCAGAGCUGAUAAAAGUGACGCACAGAUUAGAAAGCCUGGGCGCAAUCUUGGGAGCUCUGGUCAUCAACCGAGGUCUUCCUACCCUUCAAAGGGUGGCGGCUCGUUGGGGACCGCCCCCCCAAACUCCACUUCUUCUUCUUCUUCUUCGAGUCGAGGGUUUAAAAAGUCUAAUGGACAAGGUGGACAAUACAGAGGGAACCCUACAAGUGGGAAUCCUGAUUCUGGCAUUGCUCGUGUGGUGCCUAAUGGUGCGCAUGUCCAAAGCCAGCAGCUUGGGCCAACAUUGCCUGGAGCACCUGAUACAGGAGCUUCAAAGUCAAGUGAUCCGGUGGUCCCUAGACCUGGUCGGCCCCUGCCGAGGGCUCCAACCUCUCAGUCUUCUACUCCCACCCCAGAACCCCAAACGCCCACCAAACCGACAGGUGACAUGACUAGAACAUUUCCGCUGCAGUUUGGUACUCUAAGUCCCAGCAAUUGGAUGCAGAUUCCUGCAAGGACUAGCUCGGCACCUCCGAACCUAGACGAGCAGAAACGUGACCAGGCUCGUCAUGAAUCUGCCAGAGCUGCACCUCCAAUUCCGAUCGCUUCGGCUCCAAAGCAGCAACAGCAACAGCAACCGCGGAGGGAUCCAAUGGUCACCCAAACCAGUUCCGGGGAGCCACGCCCACCUGUUCAAAUAAAGAAGGAUAACCAAAGCCAUGUUCCAUCUGUGACCCAAAAGUCCUCUGUUCUUCCAAUCUCUGGAUUAUCCAUGCCCCAUCAUUUUCAGCAACCCCAACUCCCUGUCCAAUUCAAUGUCCCAAGCUCUCAGAUCCAGUCACAAGCCAUCGCUACUAACGCUUUGCCAGUGCCAUUACAGUUACAGGUGGGAAAUGCCCCACCUGUUCAGCAACAGGUCUUUGUAUCGGGCUUGCAGACCCACCAUCUUCAGCCUCCACAGGGUAUGAUGCACCAGGGACAAAGCUUGGGCUUUUCUCCACAAAUGGCUUCUCAGCUUGGAACAGCUAUUGGGGGCAACUUGGGAAUGGGAAUGACUUCACAGUUUGCUCAGACUCAGCCAAAUAAAUUUGUUGCUCCUCGGAAAGCUGUAAAAAUAACUCAUCCUGAUACCCAUGAAGAGUUGAGGCUGGAUAAACGGUCGGAUUCUUUUCCUGAGGUGGCUUCUUCUGGGCCCACACAACAGCUUGGUAGGGGACAUGCUAAUGUUCCCCCUCCAUCUCAGGCCCUUCCCUCUUUUGCCUCUGCUCAUUCGAUGAGCUACUAUCAGGCAAUGCAACCGGGUUCUUAUACCCCUUCUAUAUUUUACCCGGCCCAAACUACACACCAAUUGACUGGGACCCAGAUCAAUCCUGGGUCCUCGGCUCCAAGAUACAACUUCUCCAGUGGCCAAACUGUCUCUUUUAUGAACCCUUCUCUCAACCCCUUAGCUAUGAGCAAAUCGGGGCCAACGGUUCAUGGUGCCUCCGAACAAGUUGAAACAUUGGCUCAUGAGGUUUCUACUCUUUCAAUAUCAGCACCCCUUGUUGUGCCUUCUGUGAAUGUAACUGUGAGGCCGGCAAAGGAUAAGGGAGUGACCUCUUCAGUACCCACUUCUACCCCUGGUUCUCACUCUUCAACCCCUGUUUCUCAGUCUACAGAUCCCAUUUCCCAUUCAUCAGCUCCUGUUUCUCAAUCUUUGCCCCCUAGUAAUGUUUCAGCUCUCCAUAAGGAACCAAACAAACAAUCUUGGAAGGUUGAGGAGUCAGGUUCUUCUCAUCGACAAAAGGGUUUGGAUGGGGCUUUACCAAACACUUCUACCACAGUUAGUAUUCCCAGUUCGGGUGCUUCGAGCUUGUUGGGUGUUGGAGUUAAGGGUGCAUCUGUUUUAGCACAAAGGGAGCCCCAAAAUGUUUCUUCUCCUGAUCUGGUUGCCCCUUUUGAGGAGGCAAGUUCUGUUGUCACAGUUACAGAGGGCAGGAAAAGAGAGCCUCUCAAAAGAUCCGAUUCCUCUAGGGACCAUCAGAAGAAGGGUAACAAAAAAGAGCAGCGGUAUCCUCAGCAUCAGCAUCAGGCACAUAUCGAGGCGCUUGAAUCUUCUGGUGUAUUGAAGUCCUCUGCCUUAAAUAAACACACUGACACACGGUUAACCGAGACAAGUUCUAAACCUGUUACUUCAGAGGGGGUUGAGACCCUUGUGACCUCCACACCAAGCUUGCCUCCUCCCUCUUUAAAUCCAGAGGCUAAUACUGUCUCUGAAGGUGACAGCCAGUUGGAGGCUAAAGAAGAUUUAGGGGUCUCGAAAGGGACAUUGGGGUCUGGGAAAAUUUCACAAAUUGAUCAGGCAGCUGCUCGAGAUGAAUUACAAGAUGGGAAAAGAGGUCCUGAUGAACCAUCAAUGCGUUCUGGUCUUGAAGGUGAGGGAAUCAACUCUGAAGAUUCUGGAAAUGUACAGUCUGUGAAGCCUGAGGAAAUUGUUUCAGCUGACUGUGAGCAAGAAGAAGGUGUUGUUGCAUUGGCAAAGCAAAUGGGGUCUGAAACCAUUGAUCGUACUCAAAAUGGUUGUCCAGUAUCUGAUAGCCGACCAGACAUCUGUAGUAACCUGGAAAAUCUAAGUUUGACUGAUCAGAUGCAAAAGAACAGUGACGAGCCCACAGUGUCAGCUCCACGGAUAGGUUCCAAUGUAGAUAAAGAGCGUGAAGAGAGUGUGCCGAUGCCAUCAGGUCGAGAACUUGAGGAGGAAAGUUUCAAUUUGGAAGCAUCAGCAAGCUCAGAAGUUUUCUCUCAAAGUGUAGACCUUGAGCAUGGGAAGGGUGGUUCUCAAACCUCAAUUGAAGCACCUAUAUCUGAAUCUUCUCAUAUUGUGUGUCAUGUUGAUGUUUCAGAUGCCAUUGAAAUUGGAGAUUCCAAUGAUGCAACUGAGAGAGAUGAUAGAGUCUUGGACCCCAGUAGGCCAUCUGAGGGACUGGCCUCUUUUCCAAUCCCUAGCUCAAAUGAACCUGUUAAAAAGUUAGAAGGCAGAGGGGUAGAGGGUACUAGUGGUGUCUUGAUCUCUAGUUCAUCUCUGGGCUCCAAGGAUAAGCCCUCUGAACAGAGCAAGGCAAAGAACUUCGGGGGCAGGAAGAAGUGGAGAAAGGAUAUCCUUUCAAAGGCAGAUGCUGCUGGUUCGAACUCUGAUCUAUAUACGGCUUACAAACCAGAGGAAAAGCAGGAGGCUGUCCCCACUUCCGAAAUUAUUGAAGAUUCCACUUGUCUCGAAACUCGACAAGAUGAUACUGAGAAGGAAAUUCCAGCAACUGAGGAAGAUACUCAGAGCAAAGGUGAACUGGAAGACUGGGAAGAUGCAGCUGAGAUCUCUAGCCCCAAGCUGAAAAAUGGUGAGCAUGCUCAUGGGUCAGAUGAAUCAGGGGGUGGCCUCUCGAGUAAAAAGUACUCUAGAGAUUUCCUCUUGACAUUUUCGGAAGUAUGCAAGGACCUUCCUGUUGGUUUUGAAAUUUUGGCCGAUAUAGCUGAUGCUCUACUGACUACUCAAGUGCCUUCGAUCCACACAAGUGAUCGUGAGUCAUAUGCAGGUUCAGGAAGGAUCUUGGAUAGGCCAUCACCUGGUAGUUCUCGGAUUGAGCGUCGAACCAGUGGUGUAGUGGAUGACGAUCGAUGGACGAAAGCACCUAUUCCAUUUAUUUCAGGUCGUGACCCUCGAAUUGAUGUGGGUCAUGGAGGUCCUGCUGCUUCUUUCAGGUCUCAAGGGGGAAAUGUUGGAGUUUUGAGGAACCCACGUGGGCAAUUGUCCCCUCAAUAUGCUGGCGGGAUUCUUUCGGGCCCAAUGCAGUCUUUGGCAGCUCAUGGGUUACAAAGGAAUAGCUCUGAUGCUGAGAGGUGGCAGCGUACGCCUGGAAUUCAGAAAGGUUUGAUGCCUGCUCCUCAUACUGCUCUUGCUCACAAAGCUGAGAAGAGGUAUGAAGUAGGUAAAGUCACAGACGAGGAAGAACAAAAACAAAGGCAACUUAAGGGCAUUCUGAACAAGCUAACCCCUCAAAACUUUGAGAAACUCUUUGAACAGGUCAAGGAAGUGAACAUUGACAAUGCAGUCACCCUCAAAGGGGUUAUAAACCAGAUUUUUGACAAAGCUUUGAUGGAACCAACUUUUUGUGAGAUGUAUGCCAACUUCUGCUUCCAUCUGGCUGGCGAGUUACCUGAUUUUAGCGAGGACAAUGAGAAGAUUACAUUUAAGAGAUUGCUUCUUAAUAAGUGCCAGGAGGAGUUUGAGAGGGGCGAGAGAGAGCAAGCAGAAGCUAAUCGGGUGGAAGAAGAGGGAGAAGCAAAGCUAUCUGAUGAGGAGAGAGAGGAGAAGAGGAUCCAAGCAAGGAGGCGGAUGCUGGGCAAUAUCAGAUUGAUAGGAGAGCUUUACAAGAAGAAGAUGCUUACUGAAAGAAUUAUGCACGAGUGCAUAAAGAAGUUGCUUGGCCAAGUUCAUAACCCUGACGAGGAAGACAUUGAAGCCCUCUGUAAAUUGAUGAGCACGAUAGGGGAGAUCAUCGACCACCCCAAAGCAAAGGAGCACAUGGACGCCUAUUUUGACAGGAUGGGGAUGCUAUCAAACAACCAAAAGUUGUCAUCUAGGGUUAGGUUUAUGUUGAAGGAUUCAAUUGACCUAAGGAAGAACAGAUGGCAACAAAGGAGGAAAGUUGAGGGGCCUAAGAAGAUUGAGGAGGUGCAUAGAGAUGCAGCACAAGAGCGCCAGGCCCAAACCACUAGGCUUGCUCGUGGCCCAAGCCUUGGUUCAUCAACGAGGAGACCCCAAUCCUCACUUGAUUAUGGGUCCCGAGGGAUACCGGGACUGGCUUCGCCUGGAGUCGCACCAAUGGGUGGCCAAAGGGGGAUGCCCCUUCCUCAGCGUACAUAUGGUGCUCAAGAUGUUCGGUUUGAGGAUCGACAUUCUUUUGAUAGGGGACCAUCAGUUCCAUUGCCACAAAGGCCUAUAGAUGAUGAUUCCAUUACUCUUGGUCCACAAGGUGGCCUUGCAAGGGGCAUGUCCAUUCGAGGACAACAAUCAUUGCCAAGCGGGUCUGCAGACGCUCCUGGUGUGGACAACAGAAGAAUGGGGUUCGGUUCAAAUGGAUACAGCUCUUUCCAUUCUACACCGGAUUGGUCACCUUAUGGUAGUGCUCGGGAGGAAACUAUACCUAGGAAUUUUGUCCCCGAUAGAAACUUGCCAAUUCCCAUUCAUGACCAAUCAAAUUAUCAUGAUCGAAAUACAUCAGCCCCUAUCAGGGAUGCAAGGAUUGGGGAUCGACAAUUUGAUAGACCCUCGUCAUCUGGGGGAGGUGUGGGGCGGGCUCAAAGUUCUACAGCUGUGGCUCAGAGCAUUGCUUCUGAAAGUAAGGUUUGGUCUGAAGAACGCCUGCGAAAGAUGUCUAUCAGUGCUAUUGAGGAGUUUUAUAGUGCAAAUGAUGAGGGUGAGGUGGCUUCGUGCAUCAAAGACUUGAACUCCCCUAACUUCUACCCGACCAUGGUUUCUCUCUGGGUCGGUGACUCCUUUGAAAGGAAGGACAAAGAGAGGGAUCUCUUGGCAAAGCUUCUCACUAACCUAUGCAAGUCCCAAGAAGGCCUGCUUACUGAAGCCCAUCUCAUUAAAGGGUUUGAGUAUGUUUUCUCAACUUUGGAAGAUGCUAUUUACGAUGCUCCGAAGGCACCAGUUUUUCUCGGGCAAAUUCUUGUUAAAGUAAUUAGAGACCAUGUGGUUUCAUUGACUCAAGUAGGGUCGCUGAUACUUAGAGGAGGUGAGGAGCCAGGGCGACUUGUCCAAGCUGGGCUUGCAUCAGAGAUUCUUGGUAACGUUCUUGAGAUCUUAGGUACUGAAAAGGGAAGCUCCUUGGAUGAUAUUUGUAGAGGGUCCAAUUUGAGAUUAGAAGAUUUUCUCCCUCCAAAUUCUAUAAAGCCAGGGAAGCUAAUUGAUUUGAUCUUGAAGAAAAAUAUACAAUGUACCCCAUGAGGAAAAAUUUUUUGUUCUUUCAUUUCUUUUCUUUUUUAAUCGGUUCCUUGGUGGAGGAAAUCUUUCUCUAGAUUAUUUGCAGUACUGCGGCGUAGCAGAGUGACCUCUUUUGUUCAUCUUGGGUCUUAUAUAUUGAUCCCCUUUGUUAUGUGUUUUUAUUCCUCUUUAAUAGCUUGUUAAUUCAGUGUAGAAUGAAUAUUUAGAUGGCCUACUCCUACUGGUUCAGAAGAUAAUUCCCCAAGUGAUGAUUUUAGGCUGUAUUUUCUAUUCUUGAA